AUGGCGAGUGACUGGGUCGACAAGAUACCGUGGCCACUGGUUCCCUCCACGCGCGACAAGUGGGCUCGUGACAGCGUCCUUGUGCCUUCGAUUUGUCCCGGAGCCCUCCCCUGCCUUUUUGAUCUCAAACUCACCCCAGCUCUCCUGGCGAGUAUUUUAAAACACGACUCUGCUCCACAUCAGCUCUGUCGUCGGCACCUGUCAGCGACCAGCAGACAAGCUGAAAUUCCCCUUUCAGCUGUCACUGGCGAUGACACCCACAUCUAUCACUGGCGAUGUUUUGGGACUUGGAAAGCACUCACCUAUUUUGUGGGGGAUGGGAAAGCCCACAGAAAAGCCUCCUGCAAGGGGAAGGAGCAACAGCCCCCGCUCUCCAACGGCUCACCGCCCUGGGCGCGCCACCACCUCUGCUGCGCGGAGUCCGCCCCGAGCGCGCACGCGCGCCGUGCACCUGCCCCAACGAGCCCAGCUGCGGCCCGCUGGUUCUUCCGUCAGCUCCGGCUACGCCCGCGCUGUGCCUGCAGGGAGUGUCCGUCACUCUCAGCUCUCAGGGUGUCUCCCUUUCCAGGACCGCUAGGAAGUAGGGUACCCUUUACCUCUCAUGUUUACAUCCCUUUCAUUCUUCCUCCGGGCAAUUCAAAUCCAUUCACAGCCGCCACAGACCACUUGCGCGCGCGCAGCUGCACCUUUAAAGAAACUCUCAAGUCCUGGCAGCCAGAACACCCGCUUUCGGGCGGGGCGGCGGGGCUCCCCCUCCCCUUGCCUCCUCUCUGCAGAUCUUUAUGCUCUGGGGAGGGAUGGCCGCACACUCUGGCGAGGACGAAGGUGAUGCAUAACGCAGAGGUCAGUUUUGCACAGUUCGAGCAAAAGGACCCCCCACCAGCAUCCCCACCUGGUCAGUUUCCCUCUCUGGUACCCCUCGAAGGACGAGGAGUAACAGAAGCCCGAGGGACAGAAAACUGAGGCCCCGCGGUGGCGGAGUUGGAAGGGGAUGUGAGUCCGGGAGAGUCCGGGGGCCGCAGGGAGAGGGCGCAGAAGCUCGAGCGCACCGAGCCAGAGGCCCCCUCUUCCGUCGCGCGGGGCUGGAGGUGCAGGCGCCAGGUCCGCGGCGCGGCCCGGCUACGUGUCGCUCCUCCGCGCGCCGCCCGCUGCCGCCCGUACCCGCGGGCCGCCGCCGCCGCCGCCGCUGCCCCCCGCCGAGUCCGCGGCCGCACCCUCGGGCCGAUACUUGAGCCAGCAGAUGACCCAGGUGACAACGACCGAGAAGAGCGCCAGGAUGCUGGCCACCGACAGGCAGAUGGGCCCCACGGGCGAGGGCGAGGGCGACCCGGUGGCCGGUGCUUCGCCAGGGGGCGCCCCGCCUCCGGGGGGUCCCCCGCCGCCGUAGUGGUUGACGAAGAUGAGGCCGGUGAAGAGCAGCACCACCAUGGAGAGGAAGGAGAAGACCACGCACACGCAGCCAGCGAAAUAUUGCCGAAAUUUAAAGAAGGACGAAGACACAAACUCAUAGGUGAGUCUUGCUGUUUUCCUGCCGCUGACCACAGCAAAUCGAGGUUGGGCCUCACCCUACGAGCAGGGAACCUACCUUCCUCCUCAACACAAGAAAAGAUGGCUGUGGAAUGUUCUGGAUUCCCACAAGUUGGGAAUGUUCCUACUUUUUCUUCAGAUUCUCUGCAGACGACAGCAAGAUGCCCCCAGGGAAUGUUUGCGAAAAGGAUGAAUGGAUUGAAGCAAGCUGAAGAAAAAGAAGGAAGGAAAGAGAGACACCAGUAAAUCACCAAUGUAAAGAAAAGAGGUGGAGAAGAGGACUUACACAUAUUGUUUCUAUGACAUUUGAAAAUAAUUUUUUUACUCUAUACUAAUGGUGAAUGUAAUGUCUUCAGUUUAAGGGGCUUUAAGUGAAGUUCAUUAAAACCCACUACUUUCCAUUUUCUAGUUUUAAA